UGCCUAGCCACUGACGUCACGUCCGGGGGUGCUGUUGGCGGGCAGAACGGGGUCGGUCGGUGCUGGUUGUUAGCUACGCGGGGGCUAUUGUGUUAUUCAGUACAAAAGCACACCUUGCUACCCACCCAAAGCACGACACUUACCGGUAGUUGUUUGUCUUCGACUCGCUCCGCGUCUACCACAGACCCGGUGCUCUCCCUCGGGUCUACCGUCAGACCUUUAAACCGAAUCUUUCUCUGAAGAGGAGCCCUCAACAGACGUCAAGCUGGCGACCGUAGCAGCAAAGAAGGGCAAGAAGGUGGAGGAAGAGGAGCAGCCUGCAGCACCAGAGGCAGCAGCCGCAGCAGCCGCAGCUCCUCCACCUGAAGCAGCUGCCACCGCCCCCACCGCAGCAGCAGCAGCAGCAACAGCAGCACCUGAGGAGGAGGAAGAGGAGGAGUAUGUGGUGGAGAAGGUGCUGGACCGCCGAGUGGUGAAAGGCAGAGUAGAGUUCCUGCUGAAAUGGAAGGGCUUCUCAGAGGAGGAUAACACAUGGGAGCCGCAGGACAACCUGGACUGCCCGGACCUCAUUGCAGAGUACAUGCAGAAACACAAAGAGAAGGAGGAGAAGAAGAAGGAGGGCAAGAGGAAAGUGACCAGCGAGGCCUCGGGAGACUCAGAGGAGCGAGUGAGCAAGAAGAAGAAAGAGGAGGAGAAGGCCCGAGGUUUUGGCAGAGGUCUGCAGCCAGAGAGAAUCAUCGGAGCGACAGACUCCAGCGGAGAGCUGAUGUUCCUCAUGAAGUGGAAGAACUCGGAUGAAGCCGACCUGGUCCCCGCCAAAGAGGCCAACGUCAAAUGUCCCCAGGUGGUCAUCUCUUUCUACGAGGAGCGCCUCACCUGGCACUCCUACCCCACAGAGGAGGAGGAGAAGAAAGAGGAGGAGAAAAAAGACUAGAUGAGUAGAGGAGGAGGAGGAGGAGGAGGGGGUGGAGGAGGUGCAGACACGAGAAGAGAAGAAAGGAAGUGUGGAGGUGCAUUGCUGGUAAACUGUUAACCGCUGGUAAUUGAUUCUAUCAGCCUCUUUGGGGGAAAGCAAAAGAGCCGCUGUGUGGAAAGGUGUUCCUGCCCUGAAGGAGGCGGGGCUCCAAAAGAUGCUCCAUUCUGUUUCUCCACUUCGGAAAAUCUCUUCUCUUUGUGCCGCUCGGUUUCUUUAUUUUCUACAUAGUCAAACUCUCAAACUGUACAGUCUCCCAUGACACGGACAGCUGGACAUACAUGAUCACAGUCUCAUGACGUCUAAACAUGUCCUAAUACGGACGCCAGCCAGUGAUCAAACACCCAGCGCUUGUACUUCCUGUUACAUUCUUUUAUUGACCUAACUGCUCUGUAUUAUAUCAAACUGUUAGUUGUGGAUUUGCUCUCAUUCGGGGGAGGUUCAGAGGCAAACCUGUAGCUUUUUCUGUGAAUGUAAAACUGUCCAUCUGCCAUAUUUCUAUCACAGUAUUUGUCAAAGGACCCCACCUCCCCACCAGUGUAGUAUACAGAGUUCAUUCCAUGGCAGCUGUGGCUGGUUUUACCCCCAUUUUACUCCUGCCUUUUUAAUCCUUUUAUGGAAUUCCUCUCCAAUGGAACUGAGGCUGGUUGGAUAGCUGCCAGAGGGACUGGGAGAGAAGGAACACAGUCGGCAUCUGGCAGGUUCUUUAUUUUCCAAACUGGGUGUCUUCAGGUGAAGAGUGGAGAUGGCCUUUGACCCGUAGGUUAUCGGACAACCCGAAAGAGUGGUGCAGGGAGGAUGUAUCUUUGCAAGUCAGCAUGGCAAGGACUCCCUGUAGGAAAAAAUAAACAACGGGAUUUUUUCUGAAUUUGUCACGUUAAGCAUAAUGACAUUUAGAUCGACCACCGUUUCAAAACACUUACACAUUUUACCAAAAAAUGUGGCAAGUCUCGUGAGCUUGUGUUAACCAGAGUCGGAACAUGCUUACUCAUUUCAUGGACUCAUUCCUGCACCACUCUAUAGACACUCCCUAUAGUUUGCUCUCCCCGAUACCAGCGCUGAAUUUAUUUUUUGUAUGCAUUUUCUGUAAAAGUGAGACACCGGGUUUAAUUAAAAGCCAGCCAGAGUUAAAUGUGUCUGUUUUUAUUACCGAGCUGCACGCUUUUCUGUUGGACGAUCGGCAAACAUGUGACGCUAACGCCAGAUUGACUGUCAGUGUGGGAGCCAUGUGUCGGUGAACCGUUCACUUACUCUCCCAGCUACGUUAGCGCCAGCCAGCCUAUUUAGGUGGAGGGGAAUUGGUAAUAGUCCUGCUACGUAAGCCGGUAGGUGGAAAUCAGAACUUGUUUUUGACCUUUGUUUUGUCUCACUCAGCUAUCGCUUUGUUUUAACACUUUUUCAGCCUGUGCAGCCGGGCAACAAUCGCACGUGAUGAAUUAGCUUGCGCCAAGUUUUUCCUGGAUACUGUAACAUAUUCUAAAAUGGUCUGUAUUUAGUUUGAACACACUAGAGUUUCUCUCGGUUGUAAAGGUGUUGAGUGUGGCCCGGCUGUGCUUAUUUCUGUGUAUACUGUAUUAAAGCUAGCAUCGUUGCGUCCUCUGAUAGCAGACCCCGGUUAGCUACUUCAAAUAUCCUUUCUCCAAUGCUCUCAUUGGUUGAGACAAUACUGAUGCCGCCCCUCCUGUGACCCAUGGUUUCUCUGUUAGUGUAUUCAGAGCCAGGGAGCAACAGACCUUUAAAAUAAUAAUAUCAAUACAUUUGUUUAUGCGCAUACAAAUAACUCGGCGUUAAUUAUUAAAUGUGAUAAUAACUCGUUAACUUGCGCAGCAGCUGUGUUUGUUAUUGUAGCUCAGCCUCAUGUCACAUUUUCUAAAUGAUUCCUUCCUUAUUAUAUAUAUAUAUAUAUAUAUUUACCAAAUUCCCGCCCAAGUCUUUAUUACUAAAAGGUCAUUUGUUCUGUAAUGUCCUCACACUGAACCCGUCAGUGUUACUGCGACUCGGUUCUAGCUUAUUCAGUAACUUUGCUAGGCAGUGGUUAGCUUCUAGCUUCCAGUCAAACUCCGAGCGAUGCUAAUUCUAUUGCUACUGUACACUAUCUGCUGCUGGGGCUUCUUGUGUGUUCCCACACUACUAAUCAUUUUCUAGAUGGUUCUUUAGGACUUCUGACCUUGUGGGGAGUAAAACGUUGUUCACCCAGUAUGCCUUUUGUCGUACUUCCCCGUUGAUAGGAAGGGUUGGAUGUGCUGCACCUGGGUCUGCUAGUUAGCGUUUUCUAUAUUGUUCCUUAACCGUUUCUCUAUUUAGCCGAUUAGCUUGUGUUGUCCUGUUGCAUGUUUAUUGAUUUCCCUUGCAAUGUCAGGGCCAAUCUACUUCUGUCUGUUUUGAUCAAUAAAGUGUUUCUGUUUUGGUAAA